AUGAAGGACGGAAGUGGGAACAAGCGUCAAAAAUCUAGUCCGUGGAAUUUCAACCGCAUGAGUCUUAAAUCUGGAUCUUAUCUGGAUGUACUCAUGGCAUGUCUUACGAAGCCUAGGAACGCCGAACGGUUGCGUCGGGAAAACCCCACAGUAUUGGGUUGUAUGAUUAGUAAGGCGCUAGAGAAGAACGGUAUUUCGCACCGAGAGCUGGGCGAUAUACGAAACAAAAUUGAGAUUAUGGAGAAAGAUUUUGCCAUUGCUUUUGCGUACUUAAAAUUAAAGGGUCAGUCGAAUGCGUUUCUACGGGGGGAGGCAGGACCAGGAAGUCGUUGCGGAGACAAGAGCAAUGAGACGGUAGUGUUGGGACCUGCAACAAUCGCAGCUACAGGCCGGAGCAAGAGUGUUCCGGGAAAGUGGAAAGAAAGUUUGGAGAUAGACCGAUAUGAUGUCGAUGCAUGCAAGAAGAUACAGGACGCGAGUUGCGAAAAGGUAGCUGAGCAGGCACUGAAUGGUAUUAGUGCAGAGCAGCAAAAUGAUAUUGGUGAUGGAGACAGGAAGGUGGAUAUAGAAAAGAAGCAGAUCGACAGUGUUGAUACUGAUGAUGUUGAUGUUGUCAUCAACGUACUCCAUGAGAUUGCAAGCGCUGCGAUGGAAGACGAUGGGCAAUAUGCUGUUGCUGCUGCUGCUGAAAAGCACCAGGCGAAAGAUAUGGCAGUUGUUGUAGUAAAGGACAAGUGUAGCAAUUCAAACGGUAAAAGCGACAUAGGAAAAGCUCGACAGCAAUCUCUCCCCGCAGGAAAAGAAGCGGAAGUAUAUAUUGGUAUUGACGUCGAAAACGAUGAAUACAAGCAGAUAAUUGACGAUGGAGACGGAAUUGCGCAUGACAAAGAAGCAGCUCAAGCAGUAAGUGCAAGUGGGAUUGACAGUUUUGGAGAGAAAGAAGGGUUGCUGGAGACAGUAAACGUUUACCCAAAAGUCAAUCGCAUAUUGAAAGUAAAGCAGCAGCUAAUUGAACCUACAGCAAGCAGUGACGAGGAAGAAGAAAGCGAUGAAGAAGAAGCAAAGGUGAGAGAAGAGGAACAAGGUGAUGACGAUGAUGACGACAGAGACGGGCAAAUACAGCUAGCUCAACCGGACGACGAUAGGGAAGGUGAAGAAGACGAAGACGAGAUAGCAGAAUUAAUUGAAGUCGAUGAAGAUGAGGACGUGAUAACAGAGUCACUCGAUGUUGACGAGGAAGACAUCAUGGAAGAUGAAGUCAAUGAAAAAGGCAAGACGGAGUUGGAAGAAAUCGAAGCUAUCGAUGAGGAAGGAGCGGAUGAAGAAACUAAGUGGUGCGGAUCCAAGUUGGAAAAAUUGGAAAGCAGCUCCAGUGAAAGUGAAGGUGGUGAUAACGAGGAAGAAGUUCCUCCGACCCAGUUGAAGGCAGCUUCAGACGUUGACGAAGUAUCUGAUAACGAUUGUAAACACGAUGUAGAUAAUCAGGAUUCUGGAUUCGAUAAAGAAGACCCGCAUCAAUCUGGUGAUGAACGAAAGCCAGCUUGGAAGCGUCGCAGCUCUGAUGACUCGUGCUCUCUCAAUACAAAGCGAGCGAGGAAGAGUAGCAAUUCCACAAGAGAUCUUGAGCGUGCUGUAUUUAUUGAGCGAGCAAAGCAGGAGCGAGACCAGCGUGACGAGAUAUAUCAAUUAGAACGUGCCAAAUUGGCAUGUGAGCUACAAUCAAAACAAGUGCAGCUUGCGAUGGAGAUAUCUCUUGCCCGUAAGAAGCUUUUAAGUGCUGGUGUCGACUCCGUUGAGGUGGAUCGCAUACUACCUACCUCUAUGAACAAAUAA